CUCCCCAGCCGUGCCGCCCUCCCCCAGGCCUCGCCCCGUUGCCGUGGCGACCCCUCUGCCCCCGCCCCUCCCGGCGUGCCCCGCGCCCGGAAGUGGCGCGCGGCGGAGCGAGAGACGUGGCGGCGGCGGCGGCGCGAUGAUCACGGACGUGCAGCUCGCCAUCUUCGCCAACAUGCUGGGGGUGUCGCUCUUCCUCCUCGUCGUCCUCUACCACUACGUGGCCGUCAACAACCCCAAGAAGCAGGAGUGAGCGAGGGACGGCGGCGACACCCGCGCCGGGAUGACACCCGCACCGGGAUGACACCCGCGCCGGGAUGACACCCGCACCCCCCGGCUCCGCUGCCCCCCCGCCCCCCGCGCCAUGACCUGUGGGGUCCCGGCCCUGCCGGUGCCACGCAGAGGCCGGAGGCCGCGCUUCUUCCAAACCACCUUUAACGGAAACACGAUGAUACAAGACCAAA